ACGGAGUGCCUCCAGAAUUUCAAAUUGGUGGAAGUUCUUAUGGGCAGUAAGCAAGUUCAGCGCAUGGUGUUGGACAAUCAGGAACUGAUUCUUAACAGACUGAAGGACAUAAGAAAGACUUCAAUACGUCAGAUGAAUCAAACAAGAUUUUACAUUGUGCAAAACAGUAAAUCCAUUGUACGAGUAAAUUUAUUUGUUGGUGGCCUUCCACCUCAGCUUUCACCUGAAGAAUACACAAAUAUUCUCAAGGAUGAAUUAGCUAUCAAAACAAAUGUGGUAUCUGUGAGUCAUGUUUAUCAAGCACAAGGUGCUGUUGUACUCGAAAUUUCGUGCUUUUCUGAAGCUGAAAGAAUAUAUAUGCUAGUUAAAGAUACAACUGUCAAUGACAAGCCUCUGAAUGCCGUGGUGAUUCCUGAAGUUAUGGCUUCCAAGAUACCACAGAACUGCUGUCCACUUCUUGUAUUUGUGAAUCCAAAAAGUGGUGGUUUAAAAGGACGGGAUCUGCUGUACAGUUUUAGAAAGCUGCUAAACCCACAUCAGGUCUUUGAACUUACAAAUGGUGGCCCACUGCCUGGGUUUCACACAUUCUCUAAAGUCCCCUCUUUCCGAGUGCUGGUGUGCGGAGGGGACGGCACUGUCGGCUGGGUCCUUGGUGCACUGGAGGAGAUCAGGCACAAGCUUGUGUGCUCAGAGCCCUCAGUUGCUAUCUUACCUUUAGGAACAGGUAAUGACUUAGGGAGGGUCUUGCGCUGGGGAGCUGGCUACAGUGGGGAGGACCCCUACUCGAUUCUGGUUUCCGUGGAUGAGGCAGACGACGUUCUUAUGGAUCGCUGGACUAUUCUUCUGGAUGCAGAAGAGCCAGCUGAAAGCGCAGAGAAUGGCAUUGCAGAACCUGAGCCUCCAAAGAUUGUACAGAUGAACAAUUACUGUGGUCUUGGCAUUGAUGCAGAGUUGAGCUUGGACUUUCAUCAUGCUAGAGAAGAGGAACCAGGGAAAUUUAAUAGCAGGCUUCACAACAAAGGAGUUUAUGUGAAAGUUGGGCUGCAGAAGAUAAGUCAUACCAGAAAUCUUCACAAAGACAUAAAGCUUCAAGUGGACCAGCACGAGGUGGAGUUACCAAGUAUAGAAGGACUCAUUUUUAUUAAUAUACCCAGCUGGGGCUCUGGAGCUGAUCUCUGGGGGUCCGAGAGUGAUAACCGCUUUGAGAAACCACGCAUCGAUGAUGGCCUGCUGGAAGUUGUUGGUGUGACUGGUGUCGUUCACAUGGGUCAAGUCCAAGGCGGUUUUCGAUCAGGAAUCCGUAUAGCCCAAGGCUCAUAUUUUCGUGUAACACUCCUAAAGCCAAUUCCAGUUCAAGUUGAUGGAGAGCCGUGGAUUCAGGCCCCUGGCCAGAUUAUUAUUUCUGCUGCAGGACCAAAGGUCCGUAUGUUGAAAAAAUCCAAGCAGAAGCAGAAAAAAACUGGAAGCCUGAGAGAGAUGAGAGUCGAUAGCAUGUCAGCCUCUGAAGGAGGACGCUAAGUGGAGACCCGUACUCAGAAGUGAUGCAGCACACCUACUGUAGAUAUCAAGAUGGUUCAGUAAAACCAAGUGCAAACAGCUGGUUAAGAGGGUUGCUUAUGAGCGUGCCUUUCAUUACAUUUUGAUAGUACCAGGUUCUCCUUUGUCUUUCAAAGAUAGUGCCUCAUUGUUACAAAUAACUCUUAUG